AUGAUGGGAGCAGGCACCGAGCAGAAAGCCGAGGGCACCAACCAGAUACACCUGCAGGUGGAAUGUCUCAGGUCUAUGGUGCAAGAGAUAGAGAAGGAGCUGAAGGAGCUGAGGGAGAAGCAGGAUGGGGCCAAAGUCCAACUGGAGCAGUCGGUGACCGGUGUGGCCAACCACCUGCAGGAGCAGCUGGACAAGCUGAGGUCCGUCAUGGAGAACAUGAUGGCCUCGUCUUCGGCCUUGCUGUCCAUGAGCGUGCCGGCCAGCCCGGAGCCGCGGCGGGAGGCGGCGCAGGCCGCGUGCCCGGCCUGCAGCCUGGACGUCAGCGAGCAGGUCCGGCAGCUCUUCCAGCGCUACGAGCAGCUCCAGCACCUCGUUUCCUCCUUCCUGGAGCGACAGGCAGACAUCAAGGCAGCCAGGCAUGUUCCAGCGAGGAGCCAGGACGAGGAAGCUCUGAGGCACAUCCAGGCCACCAUCCUGCAGGUGCAGGAGGACUGCGAGAAGCUGAACUCCGUCACGGGGGAUCUCGUGGACGACCGUCGCCAGAAACAGAAAGAUAUCGAGGCUCUCUUCCUGUCCCUGGAGAAACUGGAAAAGGAGAAAGCAGACAGGGAGGAUCUGGUGACAGAAAUGGAUGUGGUAAGACAGCAGAAGGACAAGCCAAGGUGGUCAUAG